CAGGCGCGGGGAGGGCUGUCGUUUCCUUACGGUAAGCCCAGCUACUUCCGGGCCCCUAGACAGUACGAGCGAGGGUUUUGAAGUUACAGACUGGGCAGGCCUUGGACGCGCGUGAGUACAGUUUGAAAGGCCUACGACUUGCUAUUUGCAGGCCACCUACGUAGGGGCCUUUCCCCCUCUCCGCAACUUGUACUCCACUUGGUUCCGCCGAGACCCACGACGGUUCCGCCCCCUUCUUCCUUGUCAUUGAUGUUGUUGUUCUUGUCAGUGCCGCAGCCCCGACCGCCGGGAGCUCGAACCCGAGCCGGGGCCGCCCGAGUGGCGCGGUGGCGGCGGCGGCGGCAGCGGCUGCGGCUGCAGCAGCUGCGACGGCUGCGGGGGCUGCUCCGGGGACUGCGGGGGCGGCCGGGAGCCGACAGCCGGCGGCGGGGCCGAAUGGCUCUGUGCGGGCAGGCAGCGGGCGCCGCGUCGCUACCCAGCGAGCUGAUCGUGCAUAUCUUCUCCUUCUUGCCCGCGCCGGACCGGCUGCGGGCCUCGGCUUCCUGCUCGCACUGGCGGGAGUGCCUCUUCUACCCGGCUCUGUGGCCUCAGCUCCGCAUCUGCCUCCGCGUCUCGCCCGCGGAGCAGCCCCGGCUGGAAUUCCUCAUGCGCAAGUGCGGCUGGUUCGUGCGAGAGUUGCGCGUUGAGUUCGCCGCGGAGAACUACCUGAGCGGAGGCGGCGGCCCUGGCGACGGAGGUGGCGCGGACUCGGGGACUGGAGGGGAAGAAGUCGAGGGCCUGCAGCUCUCCACCCGUUGGCUGGAAGUGCUGCGCACCUACUUGGAGCUGGUGCUGUGCGUGCUGGUCAGCAUCCGGAACAACAGGAACCUCCAGAAGUUUAGUCUUUUUGGAGACAUAAGUGUUCUGCAGCAGCAAGGAAGUUUGUCAAAUACAUACCUCAGCAAGGCAGACCCUGAUGGCAAAAAAAUUAAACAAAUUCAGCAGCUGUUUGAAGAAAUACUGAGUAAUAGUAGGCAACUGAAAUGGCUGUCCUGCGGGUUUAUGCUGGAAAUAGUAACUCCAUCAUCACUGUCAUCUCUCUCUAACUCUAUUGCCAACACCAUGGAGCACCUGAGUUUACUGGACAACAAUAUUCCUGGUAACAGCACUCUUAUCACUGCAGUUGAACUAGAACGAUUUGUGAAUCUGCGCUCACUUGCCCUGGAUUUCUGUGACUUUACAGCUGAGAUGGCAAGAGUCUUAACUGAUAGCAAUCAUGUGCCUUUGCAGCGACUAUCUCUCCUGGUCCACAAUAUUUCUGUGAUGCACAAGUCUCUGGACAACAUGCCGAAUGAUGACCAUUGGAAAGCCCUGUCACGAAAGAGCACCAGUCUUCGGGUUUAUAUAAUAGCUUUUGAUAUCAAAAGUGAAGAUAUGUUAAAGAUUCUGAAACCCAGUAUACCACUAGAGAGGAUUCAUUUUGACAGCUAUAUCACUUGUGUUUCAGGGGCCAUUGUUGAUCUUAUAUCCAGGCAGUAUGACAAGUUCCUCACUCAUUUUAUAUUGAUGAAUGAUGUAAUAGACACGUCUGGUUUUCCAGAUCUUAGUGACAACCGAAAUGAAGAUCCAUUGGUUUUAUUAGCAUGGAGGUGUACAAAGCUCUCUCUCCUGGCCAUUCAUGGUUACACAGUGUGGGCACACAACCUCAUUGCCAUUGCUCGUCUUCGUGGCUCUGAUCUAAAAGUGCUUGAAGUCACUGAAGAAAGCAUUGAUUUCGACCAAGGUGAACUAGCCGACCAGGAUGUGGAUCCAGUGCAUAACCUUAUCGAGCAGGUAUCCCUGGGCCUGGGUCAACCUUGGCAUGCUGUCAUGGACAUUGAAUCACUCAGCGUCUUCACUGAACCAAAUCGCCAUUUUUACAGAGAGAUGCAACGCUUCAGCGAAGACAUUUAGCUUUUUUUAAAUGUACAAUUCCUGUGGUUACAUAUGCAAGUAGGGUCCUAUUAUGUUUUUUUUUCAGUAGUGUGAAUUAAUCCCUUUGUGCUGUGUUUAAUCAGUAUUAGCUUUAUAGAAUUAUAUAUGUAUAUUCUACUUCUUGAUCAAAGAACGUAGUCGGGUAUUGGUUUAGAAGUUCAAAGUGACAAUGUAUAGGGCUUUCACGGUUAAUGGAAUUGUUACCAAACCUUAAGGACAUACAAUCAAAGAUUGUCUGAGGUUGCUGGCUAACUUUGUUUUUCACUGAGUUACUCUGCCUUUUGGACAUUUUUAUUCUUUGUGUGUCAGAGUUCAGAACUCAGGAGCCAAAAUAUUUUUAUACUAUAUAUAUAUAUAUAUAUCCACAGCCUGAUGGAUUUGUAUGCAAUGCACUGCAUCUAGGUAUUCCAAUAGCAUUUCAUUAAUUCUGAUUUGAAAUGGAAUAAGGGAAGAUAAUAUAAUCCCAAAUGAGUUAUCUUUAACAGAAAGCCAAGAGUUUAACUUCCAUUACCUACAUUAGAAUUGAUAACACCAUUUACCAUUCUGAAUUUCAUAUAGUACUAGGUUAGAACAUUGCUUAAUCCUUUUUUAAAAAAUGCAUUUACAUAAACAUGAAUACUUAAAUGGCCAGAUUUUUUUAGACUGUAUCUGAUAUAAUUUUACUCAACAAUUACAUUAUACAUUCAAGUUAGCUUUUUAGCCCAGAUUUCAAAUAGUAGAGGAAGAAAGAAACUGUAUUCCAGUGUAAAACCUCCUAAAUAAGAUCAAAAUAGAAUUGUAAACAAACAUGUUUGCAAACAGACAUUAGUCGUGAAAUCCCUAGCAACAAGUCACUGGAUUUUUCUCUGUCAGCACGCGUGUCAGCUGCCAAAGAAUAGACUUAAAUGAAGAAGUGCCCACAUGCUGGCAGGGGCCGGCCCACUGUGGUCAGCCAGAUACUGCUAGAUUGUAAUAUUUAAGGUCGAAUUUCGACCUGUGGUACACAGCUGUGCUGUGGCUCAGUCAGCAACCUCAGAACUCUGAAAAAAAAACAAAACAAAACAAAAAAAAAAAAAAGAAAAAAAACCAUGCACCUGUUUCACUGUGAAUAGUGAAUGUAAAGAAAAGAAAGGAAAAACUGAAAGCUUGUUCUAUCACAGGUAUGAGCUGCUAUGAUACAUGAAGAACAUUCCAUGAAGUAUGUUUUAAAACCUUGUUAUAUCUGAGAGGCUUUAAAAGCCAAUUUAACUGUUCAGGGCAACCGCGGUACAGACGUGGUCUCUGUGAGACUUCCACCUGACCCCAGUUUUAAGUGGUACGAAUGUUGUGCAUUUAAUGUUAAAGGACAGUCUGCAAUAAUAAAGUAAGUAGCCAACGUGGGUGCCCAGCAGUGCUGAGACCUGGCUGCUCUAUUGUAAGCUUUGGAAACACAAUUUAUGCAACAGAUGUCCAGAUAUGAUUCUAUUUAUGGAAAAAGUUUAUAUGUUUUACAAAUGGUUUUACCAUCUUAUAUUAAAUGACCUUUUGACAGGUGUGCACUGUUUUGUCUCCAGUGAGCACAUACCAUGCGGAUUUUAUAUGUACAUCAGUAGUGUGAAUCCACUGGCACAGUAUGUGUAAAUGCCAGAUGUGGUGAGAUUUUAUCUUGUAUAUGUGAUCAGAUAAAAUAACUCCUGACAGAAACUGUAAGGAAACCAGCUGAAUGUUUGACCUGAUGACUGAUGUUGUAUGGUUUAUGUUAAAUGUAUAUUCUUUUAAUCAAUGAAUAAAGCAUUAAAAAGUGAUCAUUGUAAUAUAUUUUAUUGUAUAUAAAGCAUGAAAACUUUCAGUGUUAAAUAAUCUGCAUUAAUCCUUAUAGUGUAUAUAAUCAUGUUAGCUGCUUUUGUAUUCUGGUGCAAAAAAAAGCUUAAAUUUGAGAAUGUCAUAAAAAGUCAUAAUCUGGAAAUAUAGCAUAUAAAGUCUUAGUCUGAGUAGAGGAUUUUAAUUUUUAAAGAAAUUUACUUUGACCAAAAAAAAGCAAAAAAACUAGACUGGUUAGCACAAAGUCAUACUGAAUUAUGUACUCACAUUAUUGAUAUGGUAAAACUUAAUUUAUAGACUAUAGGAGCUUAUUUUUUAAAGUUCUUACACUAUAUGCAAAAAUAUUUAGAAUUGCCAGCAUUAAAUAUUUCAUAAACCCCUU